GGCGGAGAAGGCAGUCAAGAUGAAGUUCAAUCCUUUCGUGACUUCUGACCGCAGCAAGAACCGCAAGAGACACUUCAACGCGCCCUCUCACAUUCGGCGGAAAAUCAUGUCGUCUCCUCUCUCCAAGGAGCUGAGGCAAAAAUACAAUGUCCGCUCCAUGCCCAUCAGAAAGGAUGAUGAAGUCCAGGUGGUGCGGGGACACUACAAAGGUCAGCAGAUCGGCAAGGUGGUGCAGGUUUACAGGAAGAAGUACGUCAUCUACAUCGAGCGCGUCCAGCGGGAGAAGGCCAACGGCACAACCGUCCACGUGGGCAUCCACCCCAGCAAGUCCAGCUGUCUUCCUCCUGCUCUUCCAUUCCUAAUAAUUGAUAGGAUCUUUGUGUCCUGUUUCACUGAGAAGGUUGGAAUCACUGGGCCUGAUUCCCUUGCUUCCUUCCUCUGUGGAGGUGUCCUGAAAGCAUCUUAA